UACCUGAAAACCAUCAACAGUGAUAACUUUGAGUUUGAUGGCCUGACUGCACACCAACUUUUUGGAUCCGGAGAUGGCCUAACUUACAACGAUUUUCUGGUUCUUCCUGGAUACAUUGACUUUGCCGCCGACGAUGUUCAGAUUACCACGAACCUCACUCGGAAGAUUCAACUGAACGCCCCGCUGGUCUCCUCACCCAUGGACACCGUCACUGAGUCUGACAUGGCCGUGGCGAUGGCGCUGUGCGGCGGCAUCGGCAUCAUCCACCACAACUGCACGCCUGACUUUCAGGCCUCCGAGGUGCAGAAGGUGAAAAAGUACAAGCACGGUUUCAUCCGCGACCCGGUCUGCCUGACGCCCGACCACACCGUUCAGGAUGUGCUGAAGGUGAAGACGGACAAGGGCUUCACCGGCAUUCCCAUCACCGACAACGGCCAGCUGGGCGGCAAGCUGAUGGGCAUCAUCACCGCCCGGGACAUCGACUUCAAGACCAAGGAGAUCCUGGAGCAGCCGCUGGGCACGCUGAUGACCAACUUGAGCAGUUUGGUGACCGCCCAGGAGGGCAUCACCCUGGAGGAGGCCAUCACCGUCCUGGAGCGCACCAAGAAGGGCAAGCUGCCCAUCGUCGACAAGGACCAGCGCCUGACGGCGCUCAUCUCGCGCACUGACAUCAAGAAGCGGCGCGACUAUCCGCUUGCCUCGAAGGACGCCAACAACCAGCUGCUGGUGGGGGCGGCCAUCGGCACCCGAGAGGGCGACAAGGAGCGCCUGCGCAAGCUGGCAGAGGCCGGCGUCGAUGUCGUCAUCCUCGACUCCUCGCAGGGCAACUCCCUCUUCCAGAUUAACUUUCUCAAGUGGAUCAAGGUCAACUUUCCCAACAUUCAGGUCAUUGCCGGCAAUGUGGUCACUCAGGCGCAGGCGAAGAACCUGAUCGACGCCGGCGCCGACGCACUUCGCGUGGGCAUGGGCUCCGGUUCGAUUUGCAUCACCCAGGAGGUGAUGGCCUGCGGUCGGCCCCAGGCGACUGCCGUCUACAAGGUCUCCAACUACGCGCGCAAGUUUGGCGUUCCCACGCUGGCCGACGGCGGCAUCAGCUCGGUGGGGCACAUUCUGAAGGCACUGGCGUUGGGCGCCAGUGCCGCCAUGAUGGGCAGCAUGCUGGCGGGCACCACCGAGGCGCCCGGCGAGUACUACUUCUCCAAUGGCGUUCGCGUGAAGAAGUACCGCGGCAUGGGCUCCAUCGACGCCAUGGAGUCCAAGGACGGCGAGGGAUCUCGUCAGCGAUACUUUCAAGGUGAACACGAAGAUGUUCGCGUGGCCCAGGGCGUUUCCGGAGCAAUCGUCGACAAGGGCUCGGUGCAGCGUUUCAUUCCCUACCUGGUGAAUGGCAUUCGAUACGGCUGCCAGGACAUGGGCGUUCGCAGUCUGUCUCUUCUCAAACAGCAAAUGUACAGUGGCGAAAUCAAGUUUGAAAAACGAACUGCUUCAGCCCAAAUUGAAGGCGGCGUUCAUGGCUUGUACUCCUUUGAGAAAAAACUGUUUUAA